AUGUCUAAUCCUUAUAGUCCUAUAACGGAUGCUCUUAAAGAGUUGAAUAAACCAAUGAAUGAGUUGCUCAAAAACCAUGAAGAAUUAGUGUCGAGGAAUUUAGUUAUAUUGAAUAAUUUGAAAGAUUUGAAUAAUUUCAAUAUCUUAAUGAAUAAUCACCUACAAGAUGAAGAUACCGAGAAGCAUAUUCAGUUGAACGUAGGAAUUGACAAUGUAGAUUCAGAAGUUUGA